CAACAAUAUGUAUGGCAACAACAUCAGAAGCUUAUUGUGAUUGUUGAAAAUAGAAGUUUGGAGAAGCGAAUGAGAAAUAAGUAAUAUAUUCAAGCAUGGCAAGUGAUGAAAACAGUAAGGAAACUAAAACUGCCUGUACAGAGCAGAUUAUUGAAGGAUGUGCAGUACUAGAAGGUAAUAAAAAUGAGUGCGAGAUUGUGAGUAAAGAGAACUUUAAAGUUCCUGAUACUGGUGGUGGAGAAGAUGCUGAGACUUCUUCAGAUAUGGAGCUCGGCUCAGAAAGUUCCUUACAAGGUGCAUGCGGUUCGGCUGAUGGAACACCAGUGGGAUCCUUUGAAGAACCAAAGGAACUUGUAGAUUUCAAGCUCAUUUUUAAUAAAAAGAAACAUGAUAUUUGCUUUCCCUUAGAUGAAACUAUAUUGGAAUUAAAAAAGCAUUUUGAAUCUCUUAUCAGUGUCCCUGCUUCUAUGCAGAAAGUAAUGUAUAAAGGUCUUUGUAAAGAUGACAAGACACUACGAGAAGUUAAUAUCACUAAGGGAGCUAAGGUAAUGGUUGUUGGUUCAACUUUAAGUGACAUUAUAGCUGUGAAUACACCGUCAGAACAAGACCUAAAAGAGGAAAAAGCUGCAGCUGCUACAAAAGAACCUCUUUGCAAACAAAAGAUGCAUAAGAAAAUUCUUGAUAAAGGAGUACCUGAAGAUGCACAGCCUGGAAUAAAAAAUGCUAAAGACAGCUUACCUCCUUAUCCUUUGUCUGGCAUGUUGAAUAAGUCCGGAGGCAAAGUGCGACUAACUUUUAAAUUAGAGCUUGAUCAAGUGUGGAUUGGUACCAAAGAACGAACAGAUAAGAUUCCUAUGAAUUCCAUAAAAACUAUUGUUAGUGAACCUAUUGAAGGACAUGAAGAAUAUCACAUCAUGGGCAUUCAAUUAGGUACGACGGAGGCAUCAAGGUAUUGGCUUUAUUGGGUUCCUGCACAGUAUGUUGAUGCAAUCAAAGAUGCAAUCCUUGGGAAAUGGCAGUAUUUUUGACACUUUAGAACUUAACAAAUUUUUAUGAUGCUGAACUUUUUACACUGUGAAAUAGUUCAAUGUUUUUUGUACAAAUGUGUUUCUGUGAGUGACUUGUUUAAUAUUAAUAAAAAGUGAAAGAAUGGCCAA